AGUUACCGGUGUGACUCAGUGAGUCAAACUCGUGGACCCCUCUUCUCCUACCUCCCAUUCCUCUUCUUCGCAAAUCAAAAUCUCCAAAUCACAAAACAUCUCUGAAACACUCUCCAAAACCCUACACACUCUCUCUCUCUCUCUCUCUCUUCUCAAUUUCACCCUCCAUCUUCAAUUCCUAUGUCCCCUUCCUCCUAAUUCCUUCCUACUCCUUCAGAUUUCGGUGCUGAUUUCAUGGAAGCCGCGAAUCCAGCACUCGAAUCCACGAUUAAUUUGCGGGAUUCUGAUAACAGCGGCACCAAGAUGCAGCAUCAGCAGAUAGCUGACGUGGCGAACGACUACAUCGUUUACACUCGACGAAAGAGGACCCUCCAUUCCGAGAAUGAGAAAUCCAAGAGGCUCAAAACCUCCGAAGAUUGUCUUAACGAAGAAAUUAAAGUGGAAAACCAAGUGUUAGGGGAAGGUGGCUCUUCCAGCGAGGUUGAUCAUGUGAUUCUCAACAAUGGUGAUGAGGCGGUGCGUAACGACGUCGUUUUCAGGACGUUCGGGCGGGAUACGCGAUCGGCAUUGAAGCCCAAGGUUGAGUCAGAAUCAGAAGAUGCAAAUGUUAAAGCAUUAACCAGUGAGAAGAGCAAGUUGGAAUUGAAGAUGUCAAAGAAGGUCAUCGUGGUAAACAAGAAGCCCGUGACCGUCAAGGAGCUCUUCGAGACUGGUUUGCUUGAUGGGGUUCCAGUUGUUUACGUGGGUUGCAAGAAGGAUUCAACUUCAGGAUUGCGGGGUGUAAUUACAGAUGGGGGGAUAUUAUGUUCAUGUUGUCUGUGCAAUGGACGCCAGGUUAUUCCACCUUCUCAAUUUGAGAUUCAUGCUUGCCAAACAUAUAAGAGGGCAGCACAGUAUAUUUGCCUUGAAAAUGGGAAGAGCCUUCUUGAACUAUUGAGGGCAUGUAGGGCAGCUCCCCUACAUACUUUGGAGGCGACUAUUCUAAAUUUUGUUUGUUCUCUGCCUGAAGAAAAAUAUUUUACUUGCAAAAGUUGCAAAGGGUGUUUCCCUUCUUCAAGUGUGGAAAGAGUGGGACUUACAUGUCAUUCUUGCGUGGAAUCAAGGAAAUCUGAAGACAGUUCUAUUCAUGCAGUUGGCAAAAGAGUCAGGUCCUCACGACCAGUAUUGUGUUCCAGUACAUCCUGUACUUCUGAACUGUGCAUCUCUUCACAAUCUAAGAGGCACUCGAAGACAAGAACAAAGUCAUCAAAGCGGGUUAGCAGCUCAAAUUCUUCCAAGUGUGCUUCUGUGCCUAUUCUAUUCCGCAGGAAAAAUUUGUGCAGCAUGGAAACAGAGUCAUCAAAACUGUCAGUAAAAUUGAAGACUGCCCCAUUUACUUCAAAUUCAAAGUGUUUAUCUCCACAAAAUAAGAGUGCGUGGAGGAUCACUAAAAAGUAUCAGCGAUUGCAUAAAUUAAUUUUUGAAGAUGAGGGAUUGCCUGAUGGAGCUGAAGUUGCUUAUUAUGCACGUGGACAGAAAUUACUUGAGGGUAUAAAAAGGCGCUCUGGAAUUGUUUGUCGAUGUUGCAACACUGAGAUUAGCCCCUCACAGUUUGAGGUCCAUGCAGGGUGGGCUUCUCGUAGGAAACCUUACGCAUACAUCUACACGUCGAAUGGGGUCUCUCUCCAUGAGUUAGCAAUAUUUCUCUCGAAAGAUCGCAAAUACACUGCAAAAUAUAAUGAUGAUGUAUGCAUUGUUUGUUGGGAUGGCGGAAAUCUGUUGCUCUGUGAUGGAUGCCCAAGGGCAUUUCAUAAAGAAUGUGCAUCUGUAUCAAGUAUUCCACGUGGUAACUGGUACUGUCAAAUUUGCCAGCACAUCUUCCCGAGAGAAAGCUGUGGGGCACUCAAUCCUGAUGCUGUUGCAGCUGGAAGGGUUGAAGGAGUUGAUCCUAUUGAACAGAUUGCCAAGAGAUGCAUUCGCAUAGUAAAAGACUUUGAAGCUGAGAUUAGUGGAUGUGCUUUAUGUAGGGGUUCUGACUUCAGCAUAUCAGGAUUUGGUCCACGCACUAUAAUAAUCUGUGAUCAGUGUGAAAAGGAAUAUCAUGUUGGCUGUUUGAGGGAUCAUAAGAUGGCAUAUUUGAAGGAGUUGCCGGAAGGGAAUUGGCUUUGUUGCAAUGAUUGCACAAGAAUACAUUCUACUUUGGAGAACCUUCUGGUUAGGGGGGAUGAGAGACUCCCUGAAUCUCUUUUGGAUGUUAUAAAGAAAAAGCAAGAGGAAAGAUGUUUAGAACCCCUUAACGAGAUUGAUGUAAGAUGGAAACUUCUAAAUGGCAAAAUUGCUUCUCCUGAAACUAGACCAUUGCUUUUGGAGGCUGUGUCAAUGUUUCAUGAAUGCUUUGAUCCUAUAGUAGAUGCAGCUACUGGACGUGACCUUAUUCCGGCCAUGGUUUAUGGAAGGAAUUUGCAGACUCAGGAUUUUGGAGGAAUGUAUUGUGCAUUAUUAAUGGUCAAUUCAUAUGUGGUAUCUGCGGGCAUGCUUCGGAUUUUUGGUAGCGAUAUUGCAGAACUUCCUCUAGUUGCAACGAGGAAUAAGAACCGUGGAAAGGGCUACUUCCAAACACUGUUCUCGUGCAUUGAGAGGCUGCUAGCUUUCUUGAAUGUGAAGAACCUUGUGCUACCAGCUGCUGAAGAAGCAGAAUCCAUAUGGACAGAUAACUUUGGGUUUAGCAAGAUGAAACCUGACGAGAUUACCAACUACAGAAAAAACUACCAUCAGAUAAUGGCAUUCAAAGGUACAAUUAUGCUUCAUAAAACGGUGCCUCAAUGUCGGGUCAUCAAUACUCAAUCAUGAGAAGUCUAUAUAUAACAAGAAAGUCAAUCAUCAAAGGGGAAAACCCCUAGCUUUCUCGUUUCCUUCUUUUCUUCGUUCUGCUCCUUUCCUUCAUGUAUCAACUUUUGCUUAUUUGAAGCCAUUCCUGAACCCAUACAUGACAUUGGUUUGACAUUUAUAAUGUCAUUUUCCUAUUUUAAGUUUUGAAUACUCUGUUAAGCAUACGGAGUUCUUGAUGUUGGACCUGUGCUUUGCAGUAUGAUACGUUGCUGUUUUGUAUA